UAUACAAACUGGCUAUCAGCAUUUUUUUAAAAAACUUGUUGCUUCCAUCUCCGAGGAGUCACCACCGGUGAAGUGAUUUUCAAUGGCUGGGGAUGACUCAGUAGCGAGUCUCUAUCGAGUUUUAGUGGAUCGGUGUUUGAGUUUGGAAGCGAGUCAUGUUAAGUUAAGAGAAGAGUUUGAUGAGCUUGUGCAGCAAGAUAAAAGAAAUGAUGAAGAAGAAGUUAUGGUAGCGUCAGAUUCAGGCGAUUCCACGUCAUAUCCCGUCGUCGUAACUUUUCCCGGUUACUUCUCGACGGGAACACCUUUUAAGAACGUGUUGGAUUCCAUUGGACAUGCUAUCCAUGUCUCCUCGACUACUUCGGGAAGGAUUACAUUUUGGAAUCGCUCAGCUGAAAAUCUUUUCGGAUGGAAGUCCAAUGAAGUCUUGGGACAAAGAGAGAGAGCACUUCUAAUAGCUGAAGAAUACCAUUCUCCCCUUAAGAAAAUUAUGGAGAAGUUGAUCUCUGGGCAAUCAUGGUCAGGUCAGUUCCCUUUCAAGAGGAGAUCAGGUGAAAUAUUUAUGGCCUUGGUGAGUAAAAGUCCAUUGUAUGAAGAUGGUCAGCUUACUGGUGUGGUAACAGUUUCAAGUGAUGCGGCCAUUUAUAAUGGUUUAAAUUCAGAGAAUACCGGACCAUAUCAGGAUCAUAGUAGACCAAGGAGGUCAAAGAUGAAAGGCAUGCAGUGGCAUCCACCACGGCCACAGAUUGCAUCAUCUGUUUCUAAUCUGCUUGACAUUGUGCACUGUCAAAACACCCAGGCUUCAAAAUUUCUACUCAAGAAACAAGAUGGUGUAAGCAACUCAUGUACUAAGUCAAUGGAAGAACAGGAUGCUGCAACAAGUACAGUAGACAAGUUAGAGACUCCUAAUAUAGCAGAAGGUGAACUUAACUCCAGUUUCCUUGACUGGAGGAACACAGCUGUAGGAAUUAGCUCUCAAAAGGAUGAAACUGCAUUCGAUCUUGCUCAACCUAAGAAAAUUGCUGCAAAAGUCUUGGCGAAACUGCACAUCGGGGGACCUAGCAACCACAGCAACGAAGAUGAUGAAUGUCCUCAGAGAAAGGAUGCGACUAGUAGAUCGGCAACUAAUGAUGUGAAAAAUGAACAUAAUGUUUCUAGGGGUUUAAAAACAUCAAUUCAGAACCACCUCAAUUCUUCCUCUAUGGCUGAAAAUGCAAUUUUAAGUGUAGAAAAGCGCACUAGUCCAACACUUGUUGAAGAGAGAUCUGUUGUAGACUCUUCGAGAGAGUACAAUGGAAAAUUUUCAGUAACCCGAAUAACAGAAUCCACCGCAGGAUUAGCGUGCCAAGUAAAUGAAAAUGAAUCGGACCUAGAGUUUCUAAAUAUGGAUGCAUCAGUGAUGGAAGAUGAAUUACAAAAGCAAACAGAUGGUAAAGGCUUCUCAAGCUUAGGGAACAGCACAGGCAGCCAAGAAAGUCAAUCAAGCAAAGGGGACAACAAUGAGUCAAACUCUAUGGUUGACUGUGAGAUUCGCUGGGAAGACCUACAUUUAGGGGAGGAGGUUGGACAAGGCUCUUAUGCGGUUGUUUAUCGUGGGAUUUGGAAUGGAUCAGAUGUUGCGGUUAAGGUCUAUUUUGCUGGUGAAUAUAAAGAACCAACAUUACUAGAUUACAAAAAAGAGAUAGAUAUAAUGAGAAAACUGAGACAUCCAAAUGUACUGCUGUUCAUGGGAGCGGUGUACUCACAAGAACGACUUGCAAUUGUCACCGAGUUCUUGCCUAGGGGAAGCCUAUUCAAAGCACUCCACAAGAAUAAUCAGGCAUUGGACGUUAAAAGGCGCAUGAGGAUGGCCCUUGAUGUUGCUAGAGGCAUGAAUUAUUUGCAUCAUAGGAAUCCACCAAUAGUGCAUAGAGACCUAAAGUCUUCUAAUCUCCUUGUUGAUAGGAAUUGGAAUGUCAAGGUUGGAGACUUUGGCCUCUCUAGGUGGAAAAAUGGAACUUUCUUAACCACAAAGUCUGGAAGAGGAACGCCCCAAUGGAUGGCCCCGGAAGUCCUCAGGAAUGAGCCUUCAAAUGAAAAGUCUGAUGUAUUCAGUUUUGGAGUUAUCUUGUGGGAAUUAAUGACCGUCUCCAUUCCAUGGAACAACCUCAACUCUUUACAGGUAGUUGGAGUUGUAGGCUUCAUGGAUAGACGAUUAGAGCUACCAGAAGGCCUUGAUCCUCAGAUAGAAUCUAUCAUCCGUGACUGUUGGCAAAGUAAUCCAGAAAAUCGACCAUCGUUUGAAGACAUUAUCAAUAGAAUGACAGGCAUUGUCCAAAAAUCUGCCAUUGGAUUAGGUCGAAGACACUCGGAGCCUUGAAGUUGCAAUGGGGCAUUAGAAACAAUGUCACUUUUUUCAUUCAUUGGGUUGGCUAUAUUUUAGAGCUUAGGCUAACAGAAGAAAAACAUCAAACAAAUGCAUUGUACAAAUACCUUAGUUUGUAGCUUACCUUUAGUUACCAUUCCUCCCCAUUUUGGAAAACACGAAAUAAGAAGAGGGGAGGCCAAGAGUGUUGCAAUGUAAGAUUUUGGGGUUUUUUAUAGAAGAAGAAAAGCAAAGCUACAAUAAUUAAUUUAAUUAUUAUUUGGAUUUAAUGUAUCUUUUUAAUGGAUUGAAAUGAAGUUAUUCCAAUGUAGUUGCUAUUCAGUA